GAUAACUAAGGAUCCAGGUGAAAAGCAUGUUCUGCCUGUCAUCCUGACCGAUUAAUAAGGCCUGGGGGCAGUGAGAGUACGCAACAGUAAGAGAUAAUGGACCUCAACACCUUCCGGACGUUCAGCACUCAGCCGACAUAUGGAGAAUUGGUGCUCGGCAAAAGAAUCAAGCCGCAGCCGAAUAUUGUCAAAGGGAGCUACGACAGUGUCGAGCACUACCUUUCCACCCAAUUUUGGCUGCUGAGAGACGACUUUGUUUCCCCCCUGAGAAAAGGCGUGCAAGAGUAUAUCAAGUGCAGCAACAAAAGCGAAAAAUUUGCUUCGUCAGAAAUAAAAAUCUGCAGCCGAAUUAAUUUUCAGCCCGCCGCUCAUAAUGGUGUACAAAUCUGUUUUGCCACGGAAGAUAAGGAUAACAAAUUUGAAGACUCCAAGUUGCUAAUGCAAGGCUCACUGGUCUGCUUCACCUGCAACAAUUUCGACACUCUGCUCUUCGCAACAAUUAGCGGUAGUGGGAAUAAAAAUUGCCAGCAGGUCCUCGUCAAAUUCAGCGAGAGGUGCGAGGAGAAUAUCUUCGCUAAUGAAUAUAUUUGCAUUGAAGCCAAAGCUUUUUUUGAGCAUUAUAACCACGUGCUUAAAGCCCUUCAAGAAAUCAAAACCAACGAUUUCCCAUUCCCACAAUACUUCAUCCGAGUGUCCGAUGAGCAUUGCCUACCUCUUUACCUGAGAUGUCAAGCAUCAAUGGUGUCAAUGAAGGGCAUCACUGGAGAUUUAAAAUUUGACCUGCUAAAACUGCGCUCCUGGCCGUCCGCGGCUCAUCUUGGGCUAGAUGAUCAUCAGCUGGUAGCCUUGCAAGCCGCCCUGACAAGUGAGCUGGCGCUCAUUCGGGGUGCACCUGGAACCGGCAAAACCCUCGUUGGUUUGAAGAUUGCGAAAAUCCUCACCGAAAAUAAGGAGGCGCAGAAUAGGAAGACGCCAAUUUUGGUUGUCAGCAACACGAAUUUUGCUCUUGAUCAGUUUCUGGUGCAAGCGCUCAAGUUUACCAAGAAACUGGUGCGCAUUGGACAUUCCAAGCAGCUGAAACUCGAUGCCUUUAACUUUAAUAGAUUUAAAGGAUCGAUGCCCCAACGCUUAAACCAACUCAGCAGACAGGACAUAAUUGGAACAACCACUACAAUAGCAGCGAAAAUGCGGUCGGAUUUGGCAUGUGAAGUCGUCAUCGUUGAAGACGCUGCAGCUGUGACUGAAGCACACGUUAUCGCUUGCUUGACGAAUAAGUGUCAGCACCUCAUUUUGAUUGGGGACGAAAACCAGCUUCGACCAACACUUGAAAACAACGAACUAGAAGCUCUUAAACUGGACACGUCGUUGUUUGAACGAAUGCUGCUUAACAAUCGCAAAUGCAGCACGCUGAACGUGCAAUACAGGAUGGCAACCGAGAUGACCAAACUGAUUUCACCCUUGAUCUACAAGGAUCUGACCAGCAGCGAACGUGUGCUCGGCUUACCAAAGUUGCACUGCUUUACCAAGAGGGUGUCAUUUGUCUCGCACAACUUUACCGAACUCCGGGAAUUUAGGAACCCGAGCCUAAGCAGAAAAAAUCCAUAUGAGGCAGAGUUUGUGGUCUCCCUCAGCAAAUAUUUGCUGUUGCACAAGGUCUUGAGAUCAGACGACAUCACAAUCCUUUCGACCUACAGCGACCAGGUUUCACUGAUAAAGAAGCUAAUGAAGCAGGAAGACUCCGCAAUUUCGCGAAGACUGCUUGACAUCAAGGUUGUCACGGUCGACGACUACCAAGGAGGCGAGUGCAACGUCGUUCUGCUGUCCCUCGUCAGGAGCAACCACCAAGGCGAUAUCGGGUUCUUAGCUAAAACAAACAGAAUUAGCGUAGCCUUGUCCAAAGCCAUGCACGUGCUCGUCAUCGUUGGGAGCAUGGACACGUUAUCCAAGAAAUGCGGCAGUUGGAAUACGAUUAAGGAAUGUUUGAAACAGCAGGGUGCGCUUGACCGCUGCCUCACACUCAGAUGUCCAGUUCAUCCAGAGAACCAAUUUGCAGUGAAGCAAAGCAGCGAAUUCGGCCAAAUGUGCCCCAAAUGCAACAACAAUCCAACAGAGCCAAGGCAGGAGGAAACGGAGGAGCCCCCAGCAGAGCAUUGCUCGGAAGUCUUGCAGUGCGGCCACAGAUGCAAUGGCAGGGAUCAAAUGCACGCGUCCCACUUGUCUAGGUGCCGAAGGCCAUGUGGGAAGCGACUUAACUGCGGACAUGUCUGCCUGAAAAAGUGCCAUUACCAUCGACUGGAUGGCAGCCACCAAGAUGUCACAUGCGAGCAGAUAGUCACGAAGGUGAGGUCCUGUGGACAUAGAGUCGGAAUGCUAUGCGGCGAAGAUGUGGAGACCAUCAGGUGCAAUAAACAAUGCACAAAGCAGAUGCGAUGUGGACACAGCUGCCGCAAGAAAUGCUACAAAACUUGUGAUGCAAUAUGCCGCCAGUGCGAAGUAGUUGCAUGUUGUGUAAUUAUUUGAAUAUUGAGAUACAUAAAUUUUAAGGCAUAUAUAUUCGUAUUGCCUGAAGAAUGGCUUAUGUUCAUAUUACUCGGACUCGCAUCGUGAACUUUAUAACCUUCGCUUUUUCAUGUUAUGAUAUAUCUCGCAAGAUAGGCUUUAGUCAGCUAACAAACAUUUUAAACAUUAUGAAAUAUUGGAACUAAGUUUAAAAUUAAAAACAAUAGUGAAGCCGUGUCAUGUAAGCAAUAUUUUCGACAUUAGAAUAUUGCAGCACAAAAAUGUAUUUUUUGCGGACGCCACAGAUUUUCUUCCCAGUUUCUGACGUAUAAUUAUUAUAAAAUAGAAAAUUACAUUACAUAUAAGAUAAAUAUAAAGCAACAUUUAAAAUAUAUAAUAAUAAAUAAAAUAUUGAAUGUAUAAUCUUUUGCUUAGGUUUUUUUUUAUAAAUUUGAUCUGCAUAUUAGUCAACCAACAACUAUAAUUGCUAUUUUGUUCCUGAAAUUGUACCAAGUAAAAUAUAUUUUCCUAGUUUGAAAUUA